AUGGACGGCGCGGGUGGAGACGAGCGGGGGCCGGACGGAAAUGAGAAAGGAGAGAAAGGGGAGCAGCCCGUUUGCACCUUCUUCAAGAAGAGGGGCGCGAACAGAGCCAACGUCCGGAAGCGUGCCGCUUCAAACGACGCGGAGGACGGCGGCACGGCGCAGGACACCACUGUCGUGCAGAAGGUGACGCACAACAGACCUGGGAAAGAAAGCGCCUUGGGAUUCACCACCAAGGACGCAGGCGGGGAGAAGGGCGUUGAGAAGUUUGCAUUCGCUGCAUCCAGACAGCUCCAGGAGCGCGACGACGGCGGCGCCACGCGCACGCUGGACAUCGGGACGGAGGACGACCGCGAUGCGCGAGCUCUGAGGGAGAAGAUGCUCGCACAGGGCGGCGAGCAGGACGACGGCGUGUACAGGGGCAUGGCCGCGUACACCGACUGGAAGAAAGGUUUCAGGCGCGAGAACACGUAUUCGAACGUGAAGAAGUCCGGGAUGGCGGGUCCGCUGCGUCCGAGCAAGCACAUGCGCAUGACGGUGCAGAUCGACUACAAGCCGGACGUGUGCAAGGACUACAAGGAGACGGGGUACUGCGCGUGGGGGGACGCGUGCAAGUUCCUGCACGACCGCGGGGACUACAAGCAGGGGUGGCAGCUCGACCAGGAGUGGGAGGCCGAGCAGAAGCGCAAGGAGGAGCUCCGGCGGCGGCAGGCGGAGCGCGGGCUGGGGUCGGACGACGAGGGGAGCGACGAGGAGUCGGAGGAGGACGAGGACGGGGUGCCGUUCGCGUGUCUGGCGUGCCGGAAGCCGUGGGCGGAGGUGUACAACCCCGUGGUGACCAAGUGCAAGCACUACUUCUGCGAGCGGUGCGCGCUGGCGCAUAGCGAAAAGUCCAAGCGCUGCCCCAUGUGCGACCAGCCGCACCACGGAGUGUUCAACGUCGCGCACGACGUGAUCAAGAAGGAAAAGGCCAGGAAGCAGAAGGAGGCGGCCGCCGCUGCCAAGUAG